GGGGCCUUUGUAUUUGUUUGCCUUUGGGUUUUGGGUGAUCCAAUUGGAUAAGUUUUCUUUAAGUUUAAGAAAGAACAGGAUGUCCCAAAAUAUGAAGAAAUAAAUACCCAUUAUAAACCAAAGCUUGGAUAUCUGUGAUGCUAUAAAUAUUAGUGUUCAUCAUCCCAACACUUUCCAACUACCAACUACUUUGCCUUCUUCUUCUUUUUCCAUUUGCAUUUUCUUAACUUAUUCCCUUCAAAAUUAUAUUAUGGCUAACCACACUAUGAAGCUGCUCAACUUGCUUCUUCUCUUAGCCACCACCGUCUCAUCAGAUCCUGACCUUCUUCAAGACCUCUGUGUCGCUGACCUCUCCUCAGGUGUGAAAGUGAAUGGAUUCAGCUGCAAAGAAGCAUCAAAGAUAAAUGCCUCAGAUUUCUUCUCGAACAUACUAGGAAAAGCAGGAUCGACCAACAACACCUUUGGGUCAAUAGUGACUGGAGCGAAUGUUGAGAAAGUCCCAGGACUGAACACACUUGGUGUGUCUCUGUCAAGAAUUGACUAUGCCCCAGAUGGCAUAAACCCUCCUCACACUCACCCUCGUGCCACUGAGAUUGUCUUUGUGCUUGAAGGCCAACUAGAUGUAGGCUUCAUAACCACUUCCAAUCUCCUCAUAUCAAAGACCAUUAGCAAGGGUGACAUAUUUGUCUUUCCAAAAGGCUUAGUUCACUUCCAACGGAACAAUGCCAACGUCCCUGCUGCUGUCAUUUCAGCCUUCAACAGCCAACUUCCAGGGACACAGUCAAUUGCUACAACCUUGUUUUCUGCCACACCUUCACUUCCCGACCAUGUCUUGACCAAGACCUUCCAGGUUGGUACCAACGUCGUUGAGAAAAUCAAGUCCAGGCUUGCACCUAAGAAGUAAAAACUGCUACAUUGGUUCGGCUAUCUUGUGUCUUCUCAACAAUAAAUACUCCUUAUUCAUUCUUUCUGAAAAAUUCAAAACCAUUAUCAUAUAAUGUGAAGAUAAAUUAAAACUGCUUGUUCUAUAAAGAUUGAUCCAGAUAGCUAAUUGUUUCUCUUUCUCCAUUUUCUUUAUCAUCUCUUCUUUUAAUCUUUUGUCAUUCACCUUACAUUUCGUGGUUGGAACAACUCAUAAAUUUGUUUAAUAGUUUAAAUUUGAAAGAUCUU